AUGAACUCCUCUUCUUCAGGCCCUCCAGGGCAUUCGCGUGAGGACACCUUCCAGCCCCCUCCUCGUGGCUACCUUUGCCAUAACUGCGGGAAAGGCGGACAUUACAUUCAGCACUGCCCUUCUGCGAAAGGCGGAAAAUAUCUUCGAAUGCUCUCCCUUCCAGUGGGGAUUCCCGAGAGCAUGCUCGUCGAGUGCGCGAUGGACGACCCCGCCCCGAAGUUCAUCACGCGGGAUCGCCGUCUGGUGAAGCGUCGCGUCGACGCGUCGGCUUUUCAUGAGGUGACGUUGAUGGACACAGUGGGAGGGAUCACGGCGGGAAAGGAGUGGGAAACCCCUUCCACCCCUCCCCCUCCACCCCUCGAAUCGUCGGAUUCUCUCCCUCUUCCCGAGGCUGUCGACCUCGUGGAAAAAAGAAAGGCCUACGAGUGCAUAAUGGACGGGAAGCUCGCUGUCGUGCCGAUGCGGAUGCCAUGUUGUCGGCGUCUUCUUUGCAAAGGCUGCUUUGAUGCAAUGGUUGAGGCGGCUUUUGCGGAGGACGUCGGGGAUGGCCUCGUCUGCCCGAAUUGUAGCGAGCCGCUCAUCCUCGAUGACGUCGUUCGAGCCACCGACGAGGAGAAACAGAUUUCUGAUUUAUUGAAGGCCUCCACAGGGUGA